CUAAGAGACGACGAAACAUGGCUCCUAGAGCGCUCCUGCUCCUGUUAGCGGUUGGUUUUUCCAGUCCGCUGGACCUAUACUGUCCUUGCUUCAUGGAGGCGGACUUCACCUGCCCGGCACCGCCCACGGACUGCGAGCUCAUUAGUGACGCGUGCGGCUGCUGUGACGUGUGCGCCAGGCAGGAGGGGGAGAGCUGCGGGUACUGGCUUACCGGGUGUGCUAGCGGCCUGACGUGCGUGUACCCGGAGUGUGACACGGCGGUACAGCAGGUGGUCCAGCCGGACGGCUCCGUGAUACAGAUGAUCAACCCCUGCGUGUCCUUAAAUUUCCAUGGAUACCGGGAACAUGUACACCACAGGGUCAGCUUCUUUACUUGUUUCUACUGGCCUUCCUUUUACUUUCACAACGCCAAGCGGCAUGAAAACGGCGUCCAACAGGUGCCGAUCGUCGACUUGGUUCCAUACUGUGAUCACGUGACUGCGGUGGAAGGCUGUCAGUACGAUGGCGUCACCAUCCCUGUGGGCACGGAAUGCAAGGUGGACGACUGCACGUGGUGCUAUUGUCCCGUCGCCGGGCAAAACCCCGGAUGUGUGACCCAGGACUGCCCGGCCCCGCCCUGUCCUAACCCCGUCAGCGUCCCCGGACAGUGCUGCCCGGUCUGCCGCUCGCCAACUCUGGAAAUUCUAUCGAUCAAUCAAUAA